AUGCUUGAGCAAUUUCAUCUAAGGCAUUUCACUGCAGCUGCAAGAGCAGGACUCGGCUCUCGUCCCUUGAGAUUUGGCACUGACUGCUCUGGUGCUGAGGCACCAUGGUUUGCCCUCAAGGCCAUAUCCAGUGAGCUUGCAGCGCAGCUCUCCUUGAGUCUGGAGGUUCAACAUCGAUUUGCAUGCGACAUUCAAGCAGUGUCGCGGCAAUUCAUUGUCCAGAACUCACAGCCAUGGGUUCUUUUUUCAGACCUCCUGGAGCGACUGGAUACCGGAUACUGCUUACAGGCCAAGAUGAUGGUGCCAGUCCCGAGCCAGUUGGACCUUUAUGUGGCAGGCUUUCCAUGCAAGGAUUUCUCCAUCUUGAACUCCAAUCGUCCUUGUCUACAGGGACCACAUGCUUCAACUUUCCAUGGUGUCGUGGAGUACAUCAAGAGGCAUCAGCCUGCCACUUUCCUGUUGGAGAAUGUGCAAGGGCUCACCAUGAAGAAGAAGGGGCAAGCCAAGGCACCAAUCACAGAGGUGAUGGAGAUUCUACGGAGCUUGGAGGGCUAUCAGGUGAAGGGUUGGAGUGUGAACUCCUUCAACUACCAUUUGCCUCAAAACCGCAUGCGAGUCUACAUCGUGGGCGUUCACUGCCGUGCCAAGCUGCUUCUGCCGCUGGACGCAUGGAGCUCGUACAUCAGAGAAGACAUGGCCUGUGAGCCGCAGGUGCCAGCUCACUCCUUCUUGCUAGAUGAUGCAGAAGUGGAGGUUCAGGCUGAACUGGAGAGGCUCGAAACUUAUCGGGCAGAACAUGGAAGGACGGAGAUCGCUGGCCGAGAAGGACGGUGGAAAGCAACACAUGACAACCUCCGAAAGGAACUGGGUGUGAGGCCAGAUGAGGGUCCAUUGAUCCCAAAGGGAUGCGGUUGGUCCCGAUUUCUCAGCCAGCGGACACAGGAUACACUGGAAUUGCAAGCUUUCCGCAUGGCCAAAAAGCAGGGAAGCAUAGAUGCCAAGGAUGUUGCAUCUUCGAAAUUCUUUGCAGAGAUUUCGCGAAGCGUUCUCUAUGGCUCCUUCCGAGAAUCCCAGACACCCUGUCCCUCGGUGGAAUUGAGCGGCCGAUCCCAUGAAGGGAUUCCUGGCAUCUUAGGUUUGUCCUUCAGGUCUUACACCUGGAAGCCGCAUUUGGAUCUUCAACAAACAGAGGCUGUGGAUGGCACUGCAGUUGGAAAUAGGAUUUGGGGUCCAGACAAAUGCAGUUUCGUUGUGGGUGAACUGUCCAAUGUGGCGCGCUACGCCAGGUGGCUGAUUGGUCCUGAGAUGCUGGCGCUGCAGGGUUUCCCUGUCGAUGAGCUCAACCUGGAGGGCAUCAAAGAUCAGGAAUGCGAUGUCAGUGCCGGUUGUUGGGCUGUUUCUGUGCCCUACCCCCCAUUGCUGCUGAGAAGCCACUGGGAUUCUGAACAGAUGUUCUUCGCGGCCGUUUCGCUGGCGGAUGGGGUCAGGUACCUGAUCUUGGCCUUUGUCCAGUUUGAUGGCGAACCCCUUGCUGAGCCAGGGUGCCCAGAUGUGCCCGUCACUGUCUUGGCCUUGUGGAAGGCCAUUCAGAUUUUGAGAGCUCGCAGAGCUUUGAAUCCUGAUCCAUGUCGAUGCCGCGAGACCAGGGAGCUCUCUACAAUCUUGACGUCUUGA